GUAAAAAUAUAUAUAUAAAGGAAGAGUUAGUUAUCAAUGAUGUCCGGUGUUUUUGUUAUUAUCGUCAUUAUUUUAUUAGGUUUCUGUAUGAUUGUGUACGUGUCGGUAAACCGGAAAAAGAAAAAAAGGGAUUGUUGCUAAGAUACCGCGAGGGAGCCAAACAGGAAGUGAUCCAGCUAAACUGAAGCCUGUUUUAGCUCACUGUUUCAUUUCGCAUCCAGAAACUUCUACUUGGCAAACAAACCAGUGGAUAAAUUUGUUUGUUCAAUUAAUGAUACAACUACAAAUCAAAUCAGAAAUGGAUACGAAGAUAAAGGUACCACAGGCCCUGAAAGCUAAAGUCAUGCUGUGGACAGAUGUAAGCUACCAUGACAUGGAGAAGAUCGAUAAAAUGCAGUCCAUUCCUGACCUGGAGAGCGCUCUAUGUGGUGUGUUUCGAGUUGACCUUCCCGAACCAAGAAGAGCAGUUCAGCUGGAGUUGUAUGUCCAGACUGUGCUUUUUUGCAAGGAGUGCAGCUUCAAAAAGGAACAAACUUCUGCUCUCCUGUCCAUCAUCAAGUCCAUUCAUGAGGCUAACAUAGAAACGCCGCUCAACAACAUAGAACAGUGUUUUGAAUACUGCAAGGAGCUUCUGCUCUGUCACUCAGUCAGGCGACCUCCGUUCAGUAUCAAUCUCUUCAGCUCUGAAGAGGUGAACUGCAUUUUUAAGUACAUCCAGAACAGCUACAUAAGACACUACAAACUCUACAAAUAUAUUUUCACUCCACAGGUCAAACUUGAUCUGUCUUUGACUUACUCUGGGAUUCCAGACCAGGAUGACCAGACUAUGAAGUCUGAUCCAGGAAAAGAAGCAGAAGCAGUACUGAAGACAGACAGGUGUCCAGAAACACAUGAAACAUCCAUCACAGAGCCAGAGGGAGCCACACUCGGUUCCAAGUCAGAACUGAAGGCGCUGAUAGAACAAGAAGUCAGAGAGCAGAUGACGCUUGUGUCCGGACAACUCGAUCAGCGGGUGAAAGAAAUUGCAGAUCAACACAACUGCGUGCUAGAUUCUCUACAGCCCAACCACAAGGCCAAAAAAUAAUGAUAAGAGUUCCUUUUAGCUUUUCUCAUUCAGACAUACAUGCUUAUUUCCAAAAAGCACUCAAACAAAAUACAAUGAUUCAAACUUAAAUAUUA